CCGCUUUAUGUUUUCUCAUUGAAUAUCUUGUUGUACUUGUGAAUACAUCACUUUACAGAAGUUAAAUGUGAAUACUGUUUUAUGUGUCUUUAAAACUACUUAAUAUUCUACAUGCAGUCCCUGUUCUUGCGAUGAAUGCAUCAGUUCGGCAGUUAGCAGUCUAAAAAUCCAUUGGAGAAGUUUCACAAUCCUUGUUUUUAUCUCAGGAAUGUUCAAAUGUCAGCCGACCAGGAAGCACAAACAGACGAACUGCUGGCGCUAGAGAGCAUAUAUGAUGAAGAGGAGUUUCACAGGACAGAAUCAAGACAGAGGGGCAAGAUCAAUCUGUGCCUUGAGCUUCCUCCUAACUUCAGACUGCUAGUCAAGGGGGAGGCAUGCGUAGAGUAUGGAAUAUCCUUUCUACCCCCUUUGGUUUUGAGUUUUGAGCUUCCUACAGACUACCCUUCAUCAUUGGCUCCAGUCUUCACUUUAAGCUCCAAAUGGCUUUCAAGAGUUCAGAUCACUGCACUUUGCAAGAGACUGGAUGAACUUUGGGAAGAGAACAGGGGAACUGUGGUUCUUUUUACCUGGAUACAGUUUCUAAAGGAAGAAACUCUGGAAUUUCUGAACCUCCAAUCUCCCCUCGAGAUCCAAACCAUUGGUGGGCAGCCUCACUAUGAAUCUGGUCAGAACCAGUCAGACACUGCUGUUGAAAAGAACAAAGUGCAAGAGUUGGACCAACGAGCAGUCCAAGAAGUUGACCCUCACACAGAUAUACUAACCCAGCUGCUGGAUUUUAAUGAAGCUCAGAAACAGAAGGUGUUUGAUAGCAAGGCUUUUUGCUGUGGAAUCUGCUUCUCUGAGAAUCUGGGUUCCAACUCUUUGCUCUUCAAGGAGUGUCAGCAUGUUUACUGCAAGGCAUGUGUGAAGGAAUACUUUCAGAUCCAGAUUAGAGAUGGCAAAGUCCAGUGCCUUACCUGUCCUGAGCCCGAGUGUAUGUCCUUGGCCUCUCCUGCACAGGUACUUUUUCUUGCGUGUUUGUGCCUGAGUAUGAGCUAUGAAUAGGUUUUGACUAUUAAGCACUU